AUGUCUCUCGAUCAAACUUCAUCUCCACCACCUCCAGAAUCCAACAAUUUACUCUCCUGUUGUUCCUUCAAUGUUCAUCACUUCUCCACUGCAUACGGAAGGAGUAACCUCACCGAAUUAUACAAAUAUUUGCAUAAAAACAAUUUCGACAUUGUCUGCCUGAAUGAAGUUUAUGAAGAUAGCGAGUAUUCUCAUCCUCUGAGAGAUUUGGUUUAUGCAUUGAAUUCAUCAUUACCUGAGGAGGUGGAAGUGGCUCGGCCCUAUCAAUAUCGAUCUGGACCCACUAAUUAUGAAUCGAAUAUUAUUCUGAGUAAAUAUCCAAUUCUAUUUCAGGAAAAGAAGGAUGUUGGAAGAGGUGAAAGAUCAGUACUUGGUAUUAAAAUUGAUCAUCCAUUGGUGAGGAAUGUAUUUGUGACUCAUUUGGAUCAUGUGAGUGAAAAUAAGAGAGUGUUACAAUUGAAGAGAGUCUUGUCUUUUAUGAAACACUUUAUUGAUAGGAAAUUGGUGGAUUAUCCAAAUGAUGAGAAUAAGAAUUUCAUUCUUCUUGGAGAUUUUAAUUCAAUGAGAAUGGAUGAUUAUACGGAUAAGUUUUGGGAUUAUCUCAUUAAGCAGAGAAUUCAAUAUGGUUGGGAAGCUCCAGAUACCCAAGUUACCUCCCUAUUAUUUAAUGAACCAACAACACCAGAAAGUCACUCCACAGAAGAAGCUGACGAACCUAAACUAAAAAUGCCACUCGUGGAUUGUUGGAAAGUUUUAAAUCCAGAUAUCAUAUUUGAGGGAGAGAAAGGAACUGGUUCUUCAAGACUCGACACUCGAAUUGACUAUGUCAUUAGUAAUACUGAAUUGCAGCCAUAUCUCAAACAAUCAUGGAUUGAUUCCGAUGCUUCUGGUAUUUCAGAUCACCUUCCUGUCGUUGUAUUAUUUGAGUUUUAAUAUAAAAU